AUCCUUUAAAACGUGCUACUCAAAUGUUGUACUGCUUCUGUAAUUGUCUUGAGUGAGCUCAUAUCAGUCGCUGUAUUUCCAGGCGCGUGACUCAUCGAAGUUCACUCGGUCUGUUUCCUGACGACGUCACCGCUUUGCUCUUUAAUUUGACUAACUUCCAGAGCCUCGGCUUCAUUCAUUUCAGUGUUGACAGCGGCGCGUGGCGGGCUAGGUGCUUUUUCUCUUUAGAUGACUUGUUGUAACAAACAGAAAACCGCGGUGGAGAGCGAGUUUAACUCAUAAGACUUUGUGACCACGGAUGAACCAUGGCUUCAAUAACGUGUCGAGCGCAAUACCUGGAGGACUCGGACCCGUUCGUGUGCUCGAAUUUCCCCGAGCCCCGCAGACCUCUGCAGUAUGACUUGAACGAGCAUUUGCUAUUGAACGAACAGAUCGGCGGGAUUCACAAGCUGCUCGAAGCGCCUUUGAAGUUAGAGGAGUGUGCACUGCAACUGGCUUCUAAUGGCAACUACCUGGAUCUGGAUUCAUCCCUUGCUGAACAGAGAGAUGAUCUGGAGCAGCUCUAUGACGACGUGGAAAAAGGCAAAAAGCCCAUCUUGAUUCUCCGUACGCAGCUCUCAGUACGGGUUCAUUCCAUCCUAGAGAAGUUGUAUAAUUCCCAUGGUCCUGAGCUUCGGCGGUCCUUGUUUUCUUUAAAGCAACUCUUUCAGGAUGAUAAGGACUUGGUUCCAGAAUUUGUCGUCUCUGAGGGUCUGACGUGUUUCAUUAAAGUGGGUGCUGAGGCAGAUCAUAACUACCAGAACUACAUCCUCAGAGCUCUCAGUCAGAUCAUGCUUUUUGUGGACGGAAUGAACGGUGUUGUGAACCACAACGAGACUGUACAGUGGCUGUACACACUGACUGGCAGCCUGUCUCGGCUGGUUGUGAAGACAGCUCUGAAGUUGCUGAUAGUGUUUGUGGAAUACACUGAGUCCAACAGUCAACUGCUUAUUCAAGCUGUCACCAUUGUGGAUGGAAAGAGAGGAGUAAAGCCUUGGACAUAUCUAACAGAUAUCCUGUCAGAGAAGAAUGGAUCAGACACAGAGCUGCUCAUCUACACCAUGACCCUCAUCAACAAGACUCUGGCUGCGCUUCCUGAUCAGGACUCAUUUUAUGAUGUGACAGACUGUUUGGAGCAGCUAGGAAUGGAAAACAUAGUCCAGAAACGUAUGACUAGCAGCGGCACCGAGGGUGACAUUAAACAGCAGUUCAUCAUUUAUGAGAAUGCCCUCAAGUAUGAAGAUGGUGAGAUCGAUGAAGGGGCACCGAAUGCCCGUAAAGACCGAAGGAAACUGACACCCAGUGAGCAGGAGGGCAGGAGGAGCCGGCGGUCAUCUUCUCACAAUCUUACAGAUAGUUCCUUUCGACCAGGUUCCCCAACUGUAUCAGUCUCUUCUAACAGCCCUACCCCAGAGGUGAUGCGUACAGCCUCCCUACAGCUGUCAGAUUCCUCUUAUUCUCCUGUUUCUGGCAGUCCUGUAUUGACCAGUCCCUCCUCUACGACCUUUAGCUCACCCACUUCUCCUCUCACUCCGGUGACUAAUGGAGCAGAGUCUGCAGCCCCUCCUGAGCAAGAACACAACUUGGGGCGCUCUUUUAUGAGUCAGUACAUAGCUCACAUGGGGAUUUCUAGACGGAGGUUAAAAAAGGAGAGGUCUAUAACAGAGGAAACCUCAAGCAUCUCCAGCAGAGCGUCUUUCACAGAAACUGACUCUCCUCAGGAGGUCCCUUCCCAGACGGCAGCAGAGCAACCCAGCCGGACGGAGGGAAAGCGAGUCUUCAAACAGCACCAGGCAGACAGUGUUUGUCCAGAGAGUGUGAAUAGAGACUUGCCGGUUCUGAGGAAUUAUGAAGACAAUUUCUUGCGUAGUCUGGCUGUAUCCCAGUGGGAGAAGAAAAGUAAGUCAUACGGCACACGUGAGAGACCUUCUCUAAGCGAGAGUGUGGCGUCUGCAGAUGUAGAGGCAGCUACUGAAGCCAAGCAGCCGGUCUCCAGCUCAACCACCACAGGAUCUAUUAGUGGUCCGGAGUCUCAAGGGGUAAACUUGACCAGGCACACCCUGGAGCAGCCAGAGGACACAACAGCAGCCCACAAUGAAGCAGAGGGCGGUUUGCAGCAUCAGGGCAGUGCAGCGGAAGAGCACAGCACCCUCUCUAAUGACAGGAAGUUCAUGCUGGAUAUGCUCUACUCCAAAAACAACAACUCUUCUGGAGGCCUAAAAAGUCCUAGUCUGGAAAGUGCACUUGAGGACCAUGGGAUCACCAAUAUGGCCGGACGGCUCUCGAGACUGCAGUCUCACACUUCUCAGCCCACAGAGGACACAUCCAGGCGGGCGGAGCUGGAGAGCCUUGAAGGCACUGCCCAGGCCGCUCGUGCCAGGCUAGCGGAGGGACAGAACAAGAAGCUGCAUCCACAAUACAGUAUUGAAGUUGAGACUCAUUCACAGAGUUUAGAGAAGACAAUGAUGACGCCAUUAUCCAGGGGUAGUCAGGAUGCCUGGGAGAAGCUGCAGCCCAGCUCCAGACCCCUGCGGAUUAAAGAUCUUGACUUCUCCGAUCUGAUGGAUGAGGAGGAUAUCGAUGUGCUGGAUAUAGACACUUUUGACACCGGCUUGCCUAAUGGAGUACCGCCACCACCUCCUCCAGUGCCAGGACUGGGCUUAGCUCCCCCACCGCCGCCACCGCCUCCUCCUCCUCCUGGACCUGCUAGUCUGGCUCCACCCCCUCCUCUUCCACCUCCUCCUGGAGGUUUGAGUGUGCCUCCUCCUCCUCCAGGACUCCUCCCUCCGUCCCUGUCUCAAGGAAAUGAUCCGGCUUUUCUAAAUAAACGGAAAACGGUCAAGCUGUUCUGGAAGGAGCUUAAGCAGCCCGAUAGCCCCAGGAAGUGCAAGUUUGGGCGGGGCACAGUUUGGGCUUCACUUGAUAAGGUUGCAGUCGAUAAAGCUAAGCUGGAGCACCUGUUUGAGUCCAAAGGAAAGGAUCUUCCAGUAGCAAAGAAAGGUGCUGAGACCAAGAAAGCAGCAAUUUUAGUGCUUGAUCCUAAGAGGAGCAAUGCCAUCAACAUCGGCAUGACUGUUUUGCCUGCUAUACAUGUCAUCAAAAGUGCCAUCCUCACCUUUGAUGAGUUUGCCAUCAGUAAAGAGGGCAUUGAGAAAAUCCUGACCAUGACUCCAACAGAUGAAGAGAAACAGAAGAUUCAGGAGGCACAGCUGGCUAACCCUGAUAUACCGCUGGGUACAGCAGAGCAGUUUCUGCUCACUCUCUCCUCCAUCAGUGGCCUUACGGCCAGAUUACAGCUCUGGGCCUUUAAACUGAACUAUGAGACCCUGGAGAAGGAGAUUGCAGAGCCUCUUUUUGACCUGAAACUGGGUAUGGAACAACUUGCCAAGAACAAAACCUUCAAGCGUGUCCUAGCAACACUACUGGCCAUUGGAAACUUCCUUAAUAGCUCCAAUGCAAAGGGCUUUGAGCUCAGUUAUUUGGAGAAGGUUACUGAGGUGAAGGACACAGUACACAGGCAGUCUCUGCUUCAUCAUACCUGCAAUUUUGUGGUGGAAAACUACCCAGAUGCGACAGACCUUUACUCUGAGAUCUCAUCAAUCACACGCUCUGCUAAAGUGGAUUUUGAGCAGUUGUCUGAAAACCUUAUUCAGCUGGAGAGAAAAUGCAAAGCAUCUUGGGACAACCUUAAAGUAAUGGCCAAACACGAAACUAAACCUAACUUGAAAAACAAAAUGACAGAAUUUCUGAAGGACUGUACUGAAAGGAUCAUCAUCCUGAAAGUAGUGCACAGACGCAUUAUUAAUAGGUUUCAUUCUUUCUUGCUGUACUUGGGUCAGCCCUCCUACUCAGUGCGGGACACUAAAGUAACUCAAUUCUGUAAGAUCAUCAGUGAGUUUGCCCUGGAGUACCGCACCACCCAAGAGAGAGUCCUCACCCAGAAACGCAAACGUGCCGUCCACCGGGAGCGCACCAAGACCCGGGGCAAGCUGAUCACAGAGACCGAGAAGUUUUCUGGAGCAGUUCCACAGCUGUCUCUGGAGGACAACCCAUCCCUGGUUUCUUCAACAAUAGAAUCAGAGCCAGCCCAAGAGGAGCAUGAGAACAUGAAAAACCUGCUCAUCGCCAACAAUGACAACAGCAAGCUGCGCAGGAGCCGUGCUGUACGAAGUUUAGGCAGGGUUAGUACAAACAUGUCUGUAGCCAAAGAGGACAGCGCCAGCUCACAGGACGAUGCCACAGAUGAGAUCAUGGAUCGUCUGGUUAAGUCUGUCACCCAAAAUCCCACAGAGAGGGCGUCUAGUCCAAAAACACGGAAACGCUCACGGCUUAACAGAAAAUCAUUGCGGAGGACUCUGAAGAGUGGGCUGAGUGUGGAUGUGGUGCAGGCCCUUGGCCUCGGCAGUACUAAUGGGAAGGUCUGAAGCUGUUAGUUCUCAUGUGGGGGAAACUGUAGCAAGGCAGCAAUGAGGCCAUAAGGAGAGCUGCAUUAAUGACAGGAAGAUCUGUGAUGAAGGGAUCUUCGUUGACAUUUUGUGGGAUGCCUGCAACUAAAUCUUAUCUGCCAAUCUGAACAACUCAAUCAUGUACUUCCAGCUGAAAUACAAACAGCUGCAUUACUAUACAGAGACCUGAAGUGUGCGCAUGAUGUCCGUUAGACAUAUCAUGAUUUGAUUGGUACAAACUUUAAUGGCACAGUAUUAAAUAACAGCCCAUGUUUCCCGAUGGAGAAUAGCUGCAUAUAAUAUGAUCCAGUGACAUGAAAUGCUAUAUAGUUUGACCAGAUGCACAUAUUAUUUUGUAUAGAGCCUUAGAUUGCAUAGAUUGGAGCACAAUUUAUCAAAGAGAUGUAUCUAAGGGUUUGAAAGGUUUUAAGUUAAUACUGAAUUUUUUAAAAGACAAAACUUUUCUAUUUUAGCCAUAUCUGUUAGAAUGGCUCAGCUCAAAGUUAGGAUCAUGGAAGCCCGUAAUUGAGAUCAGUGCAAUAGGGUUACUCAAACACACUGGUUUCCUGUGCCCAUUAAUGAAGCUGAACCCUGGAAUAAACGGCACUGUCAGUUAUGAUUAACCAUUGAAAACUCUUUAGUUUUGGACCGGGUUUAAUUUGUGUCUGGAAAGCUGACCCAUGUGCACCUGGGUGAUGUUCAACUGGAUAUCCUGACUACCAAGGAGAUCUCGAUUAGAGAGGACCAUAAACUAGAUCACAUGUUUGUUUUUCUUUUAUUAAUCACAGAGCUCUCUUGGUAGGCUUGUGGAUGCUACAACACAGCCCUGUAUUCUGCUGUAUCACAUUUCUGUCCUGAUAUUUAUUUUUGUGCUGUUUUUGACGAGUUCAAGUUUAACCUUUUUAGUUAUACCAUUGUUAUGGUGUUAAAUGUGCAUGGAUGGACCACUCUGUUUCUUGCUGAAGAGAAGUGUUGCAUUAAAGACACAACAUUGCUGUAGCAUAAAAAAAAAAAAACCGUUACAAGCACAUAUUUUAAGAAUUUUCUUGGUAUUGCUUUUUUGCACAGGGGGUUAUGCUGUAGGAAUUUAGAGUCACUAUGAAUCACUGUUGUUUUAUGUAUGACCUUAUUACCUGUCUGCAUGGGUGCAUGUGUUCUUCACUCUGAAUGUAUCACUAUUAGUGUCCCAGUGCUGUACGUCCCCGUCACCACUCGACACCUGCACAAAAUAGUUGGCAAGUACAGUGCUUCUGUUAGACAUUAUAUUCCGUCUCAGAAUUGUUUCACAUUGCCAUGUUGGCCUUGAAUCCAAAGACAAAGCUUUGUUUAAAAUGAAAUGAAAUUAAAUGUUUUAUUAGACUUCUUUCCCUGUUUUAUUAUUGCCAGAAAUUCUUCAUUGUUUUGUCCUCCUGGGGGCGCAUGCGUCUUUUUCAUUCAUUUGACAGCUACAAUCAUAAUUUUGUCAUCUAUUAUUUAGAAUAUACUGCGUAAAUGGUUAAA